AUGGCGCGAAAUUCCGAAAAAGCGCAGUCUAUGCUCUUUCGUUUCCGAGCGCAACAAGCCGCUUCCUUGGGCAUAAUCGAUGCAGGCCGUACUCGCCGUCCUAAAAUGAUCACUGAAGUCACGGCGAUACCAGCAUGCGAGAAAUGGCGGGGCCAGGUUCUCAAGGAGAUUUCGCGCAAAGUCAGCAAGAUACAAGAGCAGAGCCUGAGCGAUUUUCAGAUUCGGGAUUUGAACGACGAGAUCAACAAGGCGAUGCGGGAAAAGCAUAUGUGGGAGGUGCAGAUACGGAAUCUGGGGGGCCCAAAUUAUAUGAGGGGUGGGGGAAAGGUCUAUGACGAGGAGGGGAAGGAGAUUCCUGGGGGUGGAAAGGGCUAUAGGUACUUUGGUCGAGCACGAGAAUUACCGGGUGUGAAGGAAAUGUUCGAGUCGAGCAAGCCAAAAGCGCCGGACAAACCGUUAGAGAGCAGGGCGGAUCUUAGGCGGCAGGUAGACGCCAGCUACUAUGGCUAUAACUUAGAUGAAGAGGAUGGCACUCUGCUAGAUUACGAGGCAGAGAAGGAGAAAGAGGCAUUUGAGAAUCUCAAAGAGCAAGGGGAUGGAAAGUCAGAGGCAGGUUGGGAGCCUCUUCCAGGGGAUGCUGGAGAUGGGGUCGGUUGGAGAUUACCUACGAGCGAAGAGGUUCAGGAGGAGCUGGUGGACAGAAGGAGACGACGGCUAUUGGAUAAAUUGGGUUGA